AGAUGCCGGUGCAGUUCAAGGAUGUGGCUGUGAUUCUGACUGAGGCAGAGUGGUUGCUGUUGGAUGAGGAGCAGAGGCAGCUGUAUGGGACUGUCAUGCAGGAGAAUUACCGGAGCAUUAGCUCACUGGGUUGUCCGGUUCGCAAACCCGCCCUGAUCUCUCAGUUGGAGCGAGGGGAGGAGCCGUGCAUCCCAGAUCCCCCAGCCCCUGAGGAGCAGGAGACCCAGAGGGAUGUCCCAACAGGUGAGGGAUGAAUCAGCCAGCUCAGAAAGUAAAAUCCUGGGA